AUGACAUCCCUCUUUCCCAAGCCACGCCUCCUCAUCGUCGGUGCCGGAGAACUCGGCGCUACCGCCGCUGCCGAGGCUCUGGCGAGCGGCAACUAUGAUGUUACCAUCCUCGACCGUGCACCUUCCAUUCCUGCCGUCGACGCAGCUAGCACCGACAUCAACAAGGCCGUGAGGUUCGACUAUGCCGACGAAGACUAUGCCAAGCUCGCAAAGGAGUCGAUGCGACUGUGGAAGCAGGACAAGUGGAGGGGGGCGUAUCGCGAAUCAGGCGUUGUCUUCCGCAACAUUUCUGAGGAGUUUCCAGAGUCGAUCGCGGUGUACAACAAUGCUGCCAAGCUCGAGCCCCGGGUCCGCCUCCUGACCACCCGCGAGGAGGUCUCCAAGGCCUUGUCCCCUUCCGGUGGAGCCAAGCUGGGCGCUCCCACUCUGGCGGCAAAGGCAUACUUCAACCCUUCUGGUGGAUGGGUCCACGCUUCCGGGGCCAUGUCCGUCGUCUACGAUGACAUCAAGCGCCUUGGCGGAACUCUUGUCCCCGGUGCCGAGCUCGCUUUGCUAAUCAUUGAGAACGGUGACGUGCGCGGUGUCAAGUGCGCCGACGGACGCGAGUUCCACGGCGACAAGGUCAUUCUUGCCCUUGGCUCGUGGACUGGUGGUCACCCGGCCCUCAAGGGAGUGGUGCCGGAGGGCUUGAUGGUGCCCACAGGUCAGACUAUCGCCGCCGUUCAGCUCAGCAAGGACGAGUAUGAGCGCUACAAGGACCUCAGAGUCGUGUCAUUCUUGGACGGCAGUGGCUUCUACUGCUUCCCAGUGAGUCCUGGCACACUGAGCCAUGCUGACUGGCAGCCAACCCCAGACGGCAUUAUGAAGUUUGCGCUGCACUCGGGUGGUUACGUCAACGAGGCCAACAAGCCUCGUACUGCUGGCGACAGCGACGCUGUGGCGUAUGCCGAUGAGAAGCGUGUUGGCUGGAUUCCUAGCGAUUCGUUCCGUUUCAUGCGGUCAAACGACUUUGUGAUCGACUACACAAAGUACCCAAACCUGAUGGUUGCUUCUGGAGGAGCUGGACACGCUUUCAAGUUCCUUCCCGUCAUGGGUUCUAUCAUCCUCGCGCGCCUCGAAGCCCGUCUCUCGCCUCAACUCGCACACAAGUGGCGCCUGGACCGCCCAGUUGUCGAGUUUCAAGGCAAGGACCGUGGUGGUAUCCCGCGCGCGCCUUUGGUGCUGGAGAACCUUGUCUCAACAGAGGAGCUGGGGCCUGAGCGCCAGGCCAAGUUGUAG